AUGUCAGCGGGCAUCGAAAACCCCGGGCUGUCGAGCCUCAUCGCAAUCGUCGUGACUACGCAUUCAUUAUGGAAAGAUCAGAAUGGAGACACUACAGACGUUGCGAAAGACCUCUGGAGUCUUCAAGCGGUGCUGGAAAAAUUCGAACGGAUCAAUUACGCGCAAGCAAUACAAUGCAUUGGCGAGUCACGACUUCGAGAGACCGUACAAAGUUGUAGCAUGGUUGUGAAAAGGCUCAGAAAAACGGCCCACGAGCACUUCGGAAGGAACCAUGGGAUGAGGAAACGCAUUCCGAGGAGACUAGAGGAAGAUAUGACUUUCAGAGAGGGGACGAAGAAGCUAAAGGCCUUCGUCUGCACAUUCCAAGCAUUCUACGAAACGGCCGCUCGAUCUGGCCCUGCUCCACGACCACAGGGCCUGAAUGCAGGCUCAAUUCCGAAGAGGAGUACUUGGUCUAACAAUGACAAUCCGAGUGCAAGGCCGACAUCUCCUCCAAUUAGAGAUGACCCUUGGCAAGGCCAAAUAGUGCUCAGCUUAGACGGCUCCGACCUGCGUGGAUUUGCGAUUCUCAUAGUUUUGCGGGUCCUCCUGGAGGAGAUUGAGGACCAAGAGAUACUUCGCGAUCCAUGGAUCAGUGAUAGCUACAGUUCACCGCGGUAUCAAGUCGCCGACGAGGAUACAUCGCGAUCAAGAAAAGGACGGCCUUCUUACGACCAUUUUCGACCAUGUCACUAUUUCGACUACAUUUGCGGCAGUGGCACCGGAGGAAUCGCAGCUGUCAUGCUUGGUACAAUGCGAUACAGCAUCCAUGACACCAUCGAUGUCAACACGGAAAUUUGGAGCGAAAUCUCUCCCGGCCUAUCUCGUGUAUUCAGAUCAAUGCCACAGAUUCCCACCAAGUCUCCCAAGUCGCAAAACUCAUUGGCAAUGAUGGAUUCACUGAGGCGAGCUUUAGAUGCGCCUGACGCCCAUCGAAUGAGAGCUGACGAGGGGAAGUGUCAAUCAAUAGUAUAUGUGGCAUACAAGCCCAGAAAGGGCAUCAUGCAAUCCUGGUCCAUCACUUCCUUUGAGCCUUCCGCGGUUGAGAGGCAACGGCGGCAAGCAGUUAGCCAAUAUAUCGACACCGAUAACAUACUUGUGAUCGACGCAUGUCGAGCGACAUCAGCAGCACCGAAGCUGUUCAAGAAAGUCGAGCUCGAUAGCGUGAAACAUGGCUCCUUCAGAGACGGCGGCCUGUACAGAUCCAAUCCUGCCGAGGAUGUAUAUCGCGAGAUCAAUACCCGGCAUCGUCAAGACGGCUCGACGGUGAAAGCCCUUCUCAGCAUUGGCGGACGCACCGCGCGAUCCUUCUCGGAAGAGGACGACAGAAUGCUUCGCGAAUGGCAGCGCAUCGACUCCUUCGAUUACGAUCGCAUACCUUGCGCGACGAGUGGCAAAUCUUUGAGGUCGAUCGAAGAACAAGCCGAGUCGUUGUGCCAGGAAGGCAUGCCCAUCCGGUCGACUCUCCGGAAAUGGGCUAUAUUGCUGGUGGAUAUUCGUCAUGAGAGAUGUCGGACUUCGAGAUGGGAAACCUACGCGGGCUUGAGCGCUAGCGUAGAACCUCUGUUCCCCCUCGAGACGGCCCAAGAUACGAGAGAGUUCGCAGAGCAAAUGAAAUGGAGCGGUAUUGAUGCAAUGAUGGUCGGAUCGACGCAGAGGACUUACUGA